AUGGAGAAUACUUCUGUUUCAAAACCUAGUCCUGGGGCAGAAGUGCCGGUCGAAACACAAAAGGAAUCGGCGACAGGGAUGGCAACGCCCUCGCCGUCGACGGCCAGCGAGAACGACGACGGCUCCAAUGAUAAAGAGACCAAGACUCCCUUGUUCGCAAGCUACGCUGUAUGCUUAGGCUCUUGUUUGCAUAUGCUCAACUGGCGUUCUGACAGCUAUCUAGCGAAUCCUCUCGUACGGGACCGGUCACCAUGGUUGGCUUCUCUUGAUCCUCGGCCUUGGAUGUGCAAUGGGAUCAGGAACGGCAGGUCUCAUUUCCACAUGUGCACCGCUAUUCCUAACAAGUCGCAGACCCUCCCCCUAAUGAAUGUCAUCUUUGGCAAACUCGUUGGCGACUUCAAUGCAUAUUUCAUUCCAGACUCGGGAGUGACAGACCUCUAUCUCAUCUAUCUCUUCAUCGGCAAGUUUGUUUUGACGUACGUCUACAUGCUCUGUUUCCGUAUGAUCAGCCUGAAAGCGUCCUCGUCCCUCCGACUGUCCUACAUGUCCUCCCUCUUCAGCCAGCCCGUCAGCAAACUCGACGCUAUCUCCGUGGGUAGCGUAACAAACACCAUCACCUCCCUCUCAAAUACGAUGCAGCAGAGCGUUUCCGAUCGCCUGGCAAUGCUCUUCCAGUCGGUCGCCCUGCUGAUCGCCGCAUACGCAGUAGCUUUCCGGUACUCCUGGGCACUGACGCUCGUUGUCUCCUCAGCCAUCCUCUUCGUGGUGCUAGCAUUCAGCGUCACGCUCCCGAUCAUGAUUUCUGGCCAGCGGAGUGUUGAUCUCGCGGAUGAGCAGCAUGCCUCGAUCGCGAGUGAGGUCUUCGGUUCUAUCCGGACAGUGUUCUCUCUCGGCGCGGACGGCCCCCUGUCACGAAAGUACAGCGAGUGGGUCGAUGAGGCGCGGAAGCGCGGGCGGCGCAUGGCAUUUGUCACGGGCAUUCAUCUGGCGAUACUUUUCUUCAGCAUGUACUGCAGUUUUGCGCUUGCCUUCUGGUUUGGCAUCAAGCUAUUCCGCGAGGGCAAUAUUCCUAAUGUCGGGACAGUGAUAACUGUCUUCUUCUCUGUCCUUCUGGUGGUGACGAUCAUGGGCGGCAUUAUCUCACCUCUAAUGGCCAUCUCAAAAGCCGUCAGCGCCUCGGCGGCAUUCUUUUCCGUUAUCGAUGCCGAGAAACUACCGAGCGGCGGUUUCAAGGAGCCCGAGGUAUCGAGCCAGUCGGAUAUUGUCUUUGAGAAUGUGACGUUUGCGUAUCCUUCGAGACCUAGCGUGUCUGUCUUGAAGGGCUUUAGUGCUGUGUUUCAACGUGGGAAGACAACGGCAAUCGUUGGGCCUUCGGGAUCAGGAAAAAGCACGAUUGUCACGUUGCUGGAGCGGUGGUAUCAACUCGACCCAUCCGGUGACGGAGAAAAAAUGUCUGGGGAGAUCAGGAUCAAUGACCGAAACAUUAACAGUUUAGACCUCAAGUGGUGGAGGACACAGAUCGGCCUCGUGCAGCAGGAGCCCUUUAUGUUCAACGACACAGUCUACAACAACGUCGCCUUUGGACUAAUCGGAUCACAAUGGGAAGAUGCUUCUGAAGAGGUCAAGAGAGGCCUCGUCGAAAAAGCAUGCAAGGAAGCAUUUGUUGACGAAUUUGUUCAGCGCCUUCCUUCAAGAUACUCCACGCUCAUCGGGGAAAAUGGCUUAACGCUAAGUGGCGGCCAACGCCAACGGCUAACAAUAGCGCGCGGCAUCGUUUCUAACCCUCCGAUCUUGAUACUGGACGAAGCAACGAGCUCUAUUGAUGUGAGAGGAGAAAGGAUCGUGCAGGCGGCCCUAAACCGUGUCUCAAAGGACCGCACGACAAUCAUGAUCGCCCAUCGACUGUCGACUGUGAGGAACGCCGAUCGGAUCAUUGUGCUUAGGGAUGGGGAGAAUGUUGAGGAGGGAAGCCAUGAAGAGUUACUAAAGAGAGAAGGAGUUUACAGUGGCCUUGUCAAGGCGCAGCUAUUAGGGACAUUUUACGGCGCGGAUGGCUUUGAGGACAGUGAGCACAAUGAGUGGGCGGCAAGUGAGGAAAAGAACGAAGGGGAGCUCAACUCCAUACCAGAGGAAGCUCCGGCGAAGAAGAUGGGCGGUUUCAUGAGCUUGAGUGCCAUUCUCUACGAACAACGGGCCUACUGGAUGCUAUACAUCGUUAUCCUCGCGGCGGCGGCCGGCUCUGGAUCCGGCUUCGCUCUCCAAAGCUACCUCUUUGCGAAACUGAUCGAGGUCUUCAAUUUCACCGGUCAGAGGCUGAUCGAUGCCGCCAACUUCUGGGCAUUGAUGUUCUUCGUCCUAGCCCUAGCUGUGGGAGCCUGUUACUUUAUACUAGGGUCCUGCUCUGUCAUUGUCUCGCAUUUUAUUGCAUCCUUCUACCGAAAAGACUACUUCACGAGCCUCAUCCGAAAACCGGUCCCCUUCUUCGACUCUGCUUCCAACAGCAGCGGAACCCUAACAUCGAAUCUCUCAAGUUCGGCGAAGCAACUCCAAGAACUCUUCAGCGUCAACGGUGUCUUUCCGCUAGUGUCCAUCUUUGUCAUACUCGGCUGUAUCUCCAUCUCGUUCGCCUUUGGGUGGAAACUCGCUGCCGUCGCCAUCUUCGCGGCAUUACCUUUCAUCGCCACCGCAGCAAAUCUACGUAUUCGGUACGAGACGCAGUUCGAGCUUAUGAAUGCUAAAGUCUAUGCGGAGAGCUCGGCUUUCGCGACCGAGGCAAUCAAGGCGUUUCGCACUGUGUCUGCGUGCACGAUGGAGGGUUUUAUUCUGGAAAGAUACAAAGUCCUACUCACCGAGCAACGAGAGAAAGCACUGAAAAAAGCCUGGCUUGCGUGCGCGGUGUUUGCCUUUUCGGACAGUGUAGAUUUCUGUGCGAUGGCGCUGACGUUUUGGUACGGCGGGAAACUCCUUGGUUCAAGAGAGUACGACCUCGUCCAGUUCUUCGUCGUCUACAUUGCUAUCAUUCAGGGCGGGCAGAUGGCUGGGAUGAUGUUCAGCUCAGGCGCGGAUCUCGCACAGGCAAAGGCCUCUGCUGCCAGGAUUUUCAUGGCGCGGACGCCGUCUGCAACCAUCAGUACUCAAGAUCCUGCAAUCACACCUCCAGACGCAAGAGCACCAUCAGAUGCGAGUCUUGAAUUCUGCAGUGUUUCCUUCCGCUAUCCCUUCCGCAAAGCGCCAGUCUUUGCAGACCUCAAUCUUCGAAUCGAAAGCGGGCAAUUUGUUGCAUUCGUCGGGCCUUCGGGGUGCGGGAAAUCAACACUCAUAUCCCUGAUAGAGCGGUUCUACGAGCCCACUGAGGGCAGCAUACUGUUUGGAGGAGUGCCGAUCAACACGCUUGAUAUUGUAUCCUACCGCAGGAACCUAUCUCUCGUCGCGCAAGACCCGAAGCUGUUCAACGCCACUAUACGCGAGAAUCUCUGUCUGGGAAUUGACCCAGACAAUCAUGAACAGGACCAUGACCGUGAUCUCGAGGAGAGGAUGAUAUCCGCCUGUACUUCCGCCGAGAUCCACCCAUUCAUUCUCUCCCUGCCCGAUGGCUACAACACAGCGCUCGGAACAAACGCCUCCUCGUCGGCAUCUCUAAGCGGCGGGCAGAAGCAGCGGCUCUGUAUCGCCCGCGCGUUACUCCGGAACCCACGAGUAUUGCUCCUAGACGAAGCAACUUCUAGUCUGGACUCGCAGAGCGAAAAGCUUGUGCAGCAGGCGAUGGAGAAACUAGCUGAGAGUCGAGAUUUGACGAUCAUUGCUGUUGCGCAUCGGCUUGCCACUGUACAAAAGGCAGAUGUCAUUUUUGUUUUUGGCGAGGACGGGACUAAAGCUGGGUCGAGGGUAUUGGAGAAGGGGACUCAUUCGGAGCUGCUGGAGAUGAGGGGGGUAUAUUGGCAGAUGUGUCAGGCUCAGGCACUGGAUCGGUGAGGAUUCCAUCUUAUGGUAUUUACAUGUAGUCGUUAAACCGUCACCAAGAGCCGGGACGGGUUUGCUUUGUCGCCCGGUGCUCUAUGCUCCUGGACUACGCCACCCCCUACAAAUCUUGUAUAAUAUCUAGCUCCUCGCUACUUAUACGAAAAAGUCCAAGCUCC